GCACUUCUUCAACAGAGCAAAAAGCUGGAGUGAGAACCUCGCAUAUCGUAAACGACGUCGUAGAGUCCGAUACCGGAGAUCGGAGCUAAAAAAAUGGGUUUCAGUUUGGGAUUCUUGGUCGGAAUCUUCGGAGUUCUGAUUCUCUUUCAUGCCGCUUACUCAACUGUUCAGUAUAGGGGAUUGUUGAAGAUUAUGGAGGAGGAGUUUUCAGGACCACCAAUCACUGUGGUGGUUGAAUUGCUUCUAGGGUUAGUGUUGAGUUUGUGGGCAGGACUUACUGUUCCGGGCACGUUUCUGUCAAUACAUCCCCAUUCUGAAGAGAAUAGGAUAGUUGCUCUACCGGCUAACCUAGACUUUAUGGUCUUCAACCAUCGUGGGAAAGUAUUUCCCGUGGAGAUGGAUUUGAAGCUGAAACAUUAAGGUCUUCAAUUCAUUCAAGCAGAACACUGUUUUCAGUUAAUUUUCUAGCCUUCAGAGAGAAGAAUGGCAGCAUGUGGCGCAGUGGUGCUUUAUAGGCAUUUGACAGCAUCUGGAAAAUCAUGAAUACUGCUUCUCUACUUGUUUUUGUUUCCUUGGAUUAUGUUACUUUAUUUUGCCUUUACCUAUGUAGCUUCUAACCAGAGGAUACCUGUUCUAGUUAUUUGAACUAGUUGCUUUUCCAGCUUUUUUCUA